GAGAGAGAGAGAGAGACUGUCACGCUAUUUCGGGAACGCGCGAUCUAAAGUGCGUCGAGAUAUACGUUGAACGUAAAUAAAUAUACGUGCUCGUCGAGCUCUUCCACCGGCUCGCGUUCUCUUCCCUUGGAGAAACAGAGAGAGAGAGAGAGAGAGAGAGAGAGAGAGAGAGAGAAUCCUCGCCGGCGGUCGUACGUGCUACCCUCCGAAAGAGAGAGUGAGAGUGAGAGUAAGAGUAAGAGAGAGAGAGAGAGAGAGGGACGUUUCCAUCUCUUUCUUCCUCCGUGUUUUCUCGUUCUCCUCUCUUCUUUUUUCUGGAAGGAAUCUGGAAGUUCUCCGAAAAGUAAACGAAGAGAGAAAAGUAGGAGGAGAGGAGAGGAGAGGAGGAGGUGGAGGAGGAGGAGUGCGUAGGGGGCGAACGCCGAGUUGAAUGCCGAGUUGGAAAGUAGGAAGGGUAGUAGGAACGAAUUUGAGGUGUUUUCGACGCGGUUACGUUGAAAAGUACUGGCAACCAAAUGCGCGUACCGCAAAUCCUGUUUCAUGUUCAUGUUCUGGAGCAAACGGACGGUGCUCACUAGACGUCUCCUAAAGGCGAAGGUCCGUGGGGAGCAUGAAACCGAGUGUGAAGCUCAAGAGGAUUCGUCACGUAUUCAUCGCACAAUCGACACGACCGGCGCCGGAAACGACACGAGCGGCAACGUGACGACUACGGCAGCGGCGGGCCAAACGAGCAGAGGAGCGCGCGGAGCGUCGUCGGGUGGAAGAGGAAGAGGAGGAGGUGGGGGAGGAGUUGGGGGAGGAGCUGGAGGUGAAAGAGAAAGAGAAAGAGGAGCUCGAACGUCGGCCAGCACGUCGAGCAGAUUGCAUCAAGGUUGUUGCGGUGGGGAUCAGAGUUACGACGAUGACGAGGACCCGAGUCGAUUGCUGAGGUGCAAGGAGCUCCUCAAAACUCUCAAGGAGAAUCAGCUGGAGAUGUUAUUGACCGCGAUAGAGAGCUGCGGCGCCGAUCUCGGCUCGUGCGUCCUCGUGCCGAGGCAACGGCCGAACUUACGCGGUAGCAGCGAUUCCGACAGCGACGUGGACGCCGAUCAACGGCAACGUCGGUCGGAGGAUCAACAGGACCAGCGAUAUCGUCGACCCAACCAAACGUCCUCGGCUAACCACCGUCACCAACAUCACUUUCAUCACCUACAUCACCAUCGCCAUCAUAACUUGCGAUACCAUCGAAGACGUCGCCGUUCGUCUCCCGAGGACGAGAACCAGGACGAGGAGCAGCAACGACAACAGGAGCAACAGCAACAACAGCGACACAGCAGCAGCAGCAGCAGCUCGCCCGAGGAGCCUUCCUCGUCGAGAAGAAGAUACUCCGUCAACAGGGUACCCGUCAGAGGCUCGCUCGAGAACGCAUCGAUGGACCCUCACGUGCUUUGCUGUCAAAUCUGGCGAUGGCCGGAUCUCGUACCUUCGGACGAACUCAAGAGGCUUCCCGUUUGCCAUUCCGCUAAGGAUCCUGUCUACGUCUGCUGUAAUCCCUAUCAUUGGAGCCGGCUCUGCAAACCCGAGUCGCCGCCACCCCCGUAUUGCCUUAUCGCAGACAGGCUGAGACCAGAAGAUCGUGCGCCAAGCGAAGGGGAUCAACGUCGGUGCAAAAGCAACACGCCCCUGCCACUUCCCGGCUCUCUUACCACCAACGGAGAAGGGGAGACCGAGCAAAGGGAAUGGUGCACGUUGGCAUAUUGGGAACUGGGUGGCCGUGUUGGUCGUCUUUAUCCCGUGGAACCGUUAACGGUGAACGUCUUCGAUUCUUUGCACGACGGCGAUGGUCUCUGUUUGGCGACGUUAGCCGAGAAUCACGUAGCAUCGCCCUCGGUACAAAAGACCCGCAGCAAGAUCGGUCUCGGUAUCAUGCUGAGCCAAGAAGCCGAUGGCGUGUGGGCGUACAAUAGAUCGGAGAGUCCGAUCUUCGUGAACUCACCGACCUUAGACGACCCGGAAUCGCGUACGCUCUUGGUCUACCGAGUGCCACCGGGCUUUUGCUUGAACAUAUUCGACCGAGCCAAAGUCAUCCAGCUUCCAUCUUAUACAGGAAGCGGGAAUUCAAGGAUUAGUAGUAACAACCACAACAGCAACGGCAAUGGCAACAAUAAUGCGGCUUCCGCUUUCUCGUCCGGCCCCGUCGACAUUAACUCCGUCCGCAUCAGCUUCGCCAAAGGCUGGGGACCGAAAUACUCCAGACAGGAAGUUACUUCUUGUCCCUGCUGGCUCGAAGUUCUCCUAGCACCGUGUAGGUGAUCCGCGAGUGACGAUCAUGCGACGAUAACGCAUAGUUCGCGGAUCUUCUUCUCAGUCUGUUUCUUCCUACUCCUCGUCCUCGGUUUUAUGCCUGGUCGGAAUUAUUAAUUAACGAAAAAGAAGAAGAAGAAGAAGAAGGAGAAGAAGGAGAACGUUAAUUACCGUCAUUAUACGUUUCUACAUGUUCCACCAACGAAACAGAACAUUUUUUUAAAUGAACGAGAACGAGGAACGAGAGGUAAUAAACGAUUCAGGACCAGAGGACAUCUUCUUUCUACAUGGAUCUGUAUUUCUAUCGAGCGAUCUGCCAAGUUCGUUUGUGGUGUCCGGUGCUGUACAUAUGCGAUGGUGUGUACAUACACUGUGCCUUCUCAGCUUCCUUUCUGGUGCUGCGCAUGCAAACCAUCCCUAGGAAAGAGUUCAAGAGUCGCGGAAUACUCUGCGUAUCCUGAUACUCGAGUUUUUAUACAAAGGAAACACGCCUUUUCGGCGAGAGAGAGAGAGAAAGAGAGAGAGAGAGAGAGAGAGAGAGAGAGAGAGAGAGAGAGAGAGAGAGAGAGAGAGAGUUUCGUACUACAGUAAUACUUAUGUACUAUGAUAAGAGUUCACCGCAUCGUUUUUCUUCACUGCGAUCCGCGUGUCUUCUUCCUUACUAUCGUAAGAAAAGCAGAAAAUCAACGAAGAAACUAAACUACCCUCUGCCUGCCCACCCACCCCCAUAGGAUGAACCGAUGAACGUUCAAAGAUUAACAAGAAAACGUCAUUCUUUUUGCAAGAUAUUCGAAUUGUACUGUUCUUCUGUUUCUUUUUUUUUCUUUCUUCAUAAUUUUGUUUCUUUCUUUUUUUUUUAUUUUUUUUCUCUUUUCUUUUUCUUUAGUCUACUUCGUGAGGACACACACACACACACGCGCGCACGCGAUUGACUGACAGGGACAGGGACAAAGCAAAGACAGAGAGCGAUAUACGUUCUCGUAGUGUCGCGUUAUGUAUGUGUCGACCUAUUAGAUGUAAUCUUGCGUAGAGAAUGAAGAAAAAAAAAACAUUUAACAAAAAAAGGAAAAAAAAAAUGCAAAAAAAUAAACAAACCAGAAUAAAGCGAAAUGCGUAAUGCGUAUGUUGUGUAGAUGUAUGUAUGUACAGACAGUAUCUAUAAGUUCAUAGGACAGACAGCUUCGAAAUCGUAUCGUAUUUUAACGAGGAGUAAAGAUAAAUUGAUAAAUUAGAGAAAGCGUGUGACAAGUAAAUAAAACGCGCGCGUUGACUCGUUCCGAGCUUUUAUUUCUUUUUUUUCUUCUAUUAUUAUUAUUAUUUUCUCUUCUUUUUUUUAUUUGUUUUUUCUUUUAUUUUUCAUUCUAUCUCUUUUGGUUUUUUUUUUCUUUUUGUCGUUUUUAUAAGUAUAUAAGCAACGAUCGCCCCGGCGAUCUUUCAUUGCCGAACAUUAUUAUUGUUUCGCUUUGUGUUUUAGUAACAGUGCAUGUCUAUGAUACUGCUCGGUGGGGUUCGAGAUUUGAUUAGAAAUUUUUGUUUGGUGUGUUCUUUAUUCUUCAACUGUCUCGCCAUUGUCUUUGAUUGUCUCUCUCGUUCUAUAAAUAAAAUAUGGUUUUCAAUCGCCAUUUAAUUGCCAGUAACAGUUACAAAAAAAUAGAAACAGUAAUAAUAACAAUAAUAUUAAUAAUAAUAAUAAUUAUAAUAAUUAUAAUAAUUAUAAUAAUAAUUAUAAUAAUAAUAACAAUAAGAAUAAUAACAAUAACGAGAAUAAUAAUAAUAAUAAGAAUAAUAAUAAUAGUAAUAAUAAUAAAUAAUAAAUAAUAAUAAUGAUAAUAAAUAAUAAUAAUAAGAAUAAUAAUAGUAGUAAUAAUAAUAACGAUAUAACAACGCGGUGGAUCGACAGCCAUAUUUUGAUAAUAAAGAUUUCGUACACACAAUAAUAAAAUCAUAUAUAUAUAUAUAUAUAUAUAUAUAUAUAUAUAUAUAUAUAUUAUAAAAAAGAAAAAAAUAGGAGAGGAAAACCCUACCCAAAAGAUAAAAAAGAAAGACGAAAAAAAUAAACAAUAAAUCGCUCGAAUUGUAUUAACCACAUAUACAUACAUACAUACAUACAUACAUACAUACAUACAUAUAUACACACAUAAAUACAUACAUACAUACAUACAUACAUAUAUACAUACAUACAUACGUGCAUAGAUCAUCAUCCACCGAGCAUCGUCAUCGACGCGCGUUCUAUGUUUAUAAGUAUGUACAUGCGAGAACUCGUUCUCUAGGACAGUGAUAAUGCUACGCGACUCUAGUCUCUCUUGCCGCGAGAAAAAACAAACACGGAAGUCGAUCAUCGACUUUUAUUUAUAGCGAUAUGAGAAGAUUUCAUUGGUGAUGAAUGAAAAAGCGAGGAAGAAAGGAAAUGGAUAAAGGAUAAUAGAAAAAAAAAAAAACGAAGAAACAAAAAACAAGCUUUCUCUCACUUCGCGAUUAUGUAUUUUAUCGAUCGUCUUCCGAAAAUGAGACUCCGUUUGGAUCGUUAAAAAAAAUAAAAAAUAAAAAUAAAAACUGGAAAUAGUAAAGGGGGUGAGAAAGGGAUGAGGAAAGGGCGGGAUUCAUAUAACAAUAGUAAAACGUUGCGUUUAUUAAACGAUGGCGAUUUGGUGUGAUGAAAAAUAACGAUGAAGAUGAAUGAACAAAGGAAAAAGAAAAGAGAGAGAGAGAGAGAGAGAGAUGGUGGAAUGUAAAAUGAAAAAAAGAAAAGAAAGAAAAAAAAAGAGAUCAGGAACAAGAAAAACAAAAAAAGAAAAAACGCGCGAGUCACAAUAAUAAUCAUUUUUCGUAUAUUACGAUUUAACAACGAAGGCUGCUUUCCUUGUUUGUAAAUAUAGUUUCUAAUUACGCGUCACUCGAGGAUCAGCGUUAUUUAUAGAGAAAAAGAGGAAAAGAAAAAAAUUAAAGGAAGGAACGAGUUGUUGUUGUUGUUGUUGUUGUCGUCGUCGUCGUCGUCGUCGUUGUCAUUGAUGCGUGCAUGCGUGCGUGCAUGCGUGCGUGCGUGCAUGUAUUACCGAAUCGCGAAAAUUUAUGCCUCUUUGUGCCUAGAAAACGCGAUCAACGCACGAAUUACGAAUGAACGUGAACGAGUGUCCACUCUUCGUUAGUUUGAGAGGAGAAGAAAGAGUGAAAAGAAAAUUGCGUGGGGGAAUGGUAGAUAAAGAGAGAAAGAGAGAGAGAGAGAGAGAGAGAAGCUGUACUAAAAUUAAUGAUAGGACGGUCCUACAUGACGUAAAUAUCGUCAUUGGAAUGACGACGAGUAGCUAUGGCUAUGGAGAAUAUUUCGAAUUUGUUAUUCGAAGAAAAAGAGAUAGAGAGAGAGAUGGUGAACAUUUCAUCGUUCUAUUUUUCUAGAUCUACCAAUUGGUUUGGUAGGAAAUUUGGAAAAUUCUCUCUAUUAUUUGGCAGGAUUACAGUUUAUUUGCUUUAUGUAUGAAGGGUUUAGAAUAGGAAAGAGAGAUAGAGAGAGAGAGAGAGAGUUUCAGUGUUCUUUCUUUUGGAUCAACGCCAAUGAACCUUUUUCUUAAAUGAAGAGUAAAAGUUGAAAUAGAUUAAAUGUGUUUUGAAAACUUCUCUGUCUCUCUGUCUCUCUCUCUCUCUGUUUUUCUUUUUCUUUCUCCUUCUUCGUUUUUUUUCUUGUCUCUUUCUCUUUCUUUUUUUUAAAAUCGUUUUUACUAAUACGAAGAUCAACAAAGAGAAAGAUCGAAACACGAUCGUCGUCGUCUUUACUCGUUCAUUGAUCGGAAAUAAAAAAGAAAAGAAAAGAAAAGAAUAGAAUAGAAUAGAAUAAAAUAGAAUAGAAUAGAAUAGAAAGAAAGAAAAAAUCUCGGGAUUGAAAAAUAUGCAAUACGAAAGUUCCUCGUUGGCGAGAGACUAUUAGUCGGCUUAAUCGAAUAGACGAGUUUCUCUGCACACGGAGUCAGCGUCUGUGAAACAUAGUGCCUUUUAUAGCCGUUCACCUUUAAAUUUAUAAUUAGUGAUUAGAAAAGCCGAAGAUAAUAUAAUCAUCGUCCGAUUUUUACGAACCUGUUAAAGAAAAAAAUAAAAUUACAUUAAAUAAAUAAAUAAAUAAAUAAAUAAAUAAAUAAAGAGUUCGAUCAGCAUGAUGUCGAGACGCGUGUCGAUGCUUAGAAAAAAUCACAAUAAAAAAAGCAGCUAUUCUUUUUAUUAUUAAGAUUAUUUAUGGCGACAUACAUACAUACAUACAUACAUACAUACAUACAUAUAUAUAUAUAUAUAUAUAUAUAUAUAUAUAUAGAUCAUGUUCAAAUACGUCUAUACACAUGUACGUACACAUGUAUGGUAUUCGCAAAAAAACAACGUAUAUCUAUUGAAAAUUAAGUGUGUGUCCGUGUAUAUAUGUGUGUGGGUGUGUAUGUAUAUAUAUAUAUAUAUGUAUAUAUACAUAUAAUAUAUAUAUAUAUAUACAUAUGCACAUUUUAUUUUUAAUAGAUCUCUUCGUGACGCGAUACGCAACGAACGCGUCGUAUUCCAAUUGAUCGAUAGAUCGUUCUUCGGACCAUCCAAGAAAAAAGAAAGCUUGAAUGUAUUCUCAUUCGUAAUGUCUUCAAGUAACGAAUGUAUUUAUGUAUUGUAAAUCUCAUUAUUAAUCAGUAACAAUUCGUAGCUUUUUUUCUCAGCAACAUCGAAGAUCAGAUCUCGUAUCGCCUUUUCUUCUCCCCCCCCCCACCCUACCCACCCCCACACACACACUUGACAUUUAUUUAUUUAUUAUUGUUAUUAUUAUAUACAUAUGUGAAAGAACAACGUGAAUCGAAAUAACAACGAGAAUUUCGAAGAACAUGCCCACGUUUCGUCCACUAUUAAUAUUUUUUUAUUAUUAUUAUUAUUAUUAUUAAAUAAUUAAUUAUUAAUUAUUAUUAUUAUUAAAUAAUUAAUAAUUAUCAAUUAUAAUUAUAAUUAUUAAUUAUUAUUAUUAUUAUUAUUAUUAUUAUUAUUAUUAUUAUUAUUAAUAUUAUUGUGUUAUUGUUAUGUAAAGAAACGAAAAACAUAAACCGAGUUCCAACGAUGGGAACAAAGUUUUCUAAGUGCCUUAAUGGGAGGACUAAGACGGCUGCAAUUUUCGUUCCUGAUAUUUCAAAAAUAAAAAGGAAAGAUUUGGGAUCGUUCUGCUCCGUUUGAAAAGUAAAUUUUUCAUACAUCGUCUUUUACAAUUGU